AUGACUUCCUGCCAAGAUUUCCAUGAGUGCCUGAGUCCCCACUGGAUCUUCAACGCUGUGAAGAAAACCUGGAAGCGCCGACGACAACCGACCGAACUUCUGUCCACAGUGACCACAACCUCAGCAGCAGUAACUUCAAAACCAGCGUCAUCAUCGACAUCGGCAGCAAAACAGCUCAGCAACACGUGCUCAACAUCGUCGUCAUCAAACUCAACGAAAAAUUCUUCAACGUGUUUCACGAAAUAUUCAAGAAAUUCAUCUUCGGAGUCAUCGUUGCUUAGUUCCAGCCAGUUUUCAACAGUCCCCAUUCAACUGUUGCCACAUACGUCAUCAAUCCCUGUGACGUCAUCGCCAUUAAAUGGCCCAUCAUCGUCAACUCAGCUAUCCACAUCUUCCUCCUCUCUCUCUCUAGCCCCGCCUACCAAGCAAAACUUUUCAAACGCUCAAAAUGUCUCCGUCCUAAAUAGCAAGGAACAAAUGCUUAGCACGAACAGCCACCAAACAUCUCAACAGCAGGAUAUUCUUAAUCAGGCCACUGCGAGAAACAAUCAUUACAACAACAACAUCAUCAACAAUAACAACAACAUCAUCAUCAACAACAACAUCAACAAUAACAUCAACUCAAACAACGACUUUAAUUAUAACAAUCAUCUAUCGCAUCACUCUUUCAACAACCAGCACAACAAUUGUAUAAACAUGAAGGAUAUUCUUAAUAUAAAUUUUCACGAUAUAAAACGCAGUUGUAACAAACAUAAUGAUGAUGCAUUUGCUGUGUACGACAACAUUGUGUUCGUUGACUCAAACAACAACAGCAACAGCAGCCACAACAACAACAUCAACAACAACAACUCAAAAAACACAUGUUUGUUGGACCAGAGCACCGUACUGACAAGCGGUUAUGAAAGCGAAUCGUCGCCAAUCUCACUGACUAAAAUAUCUUCAACAUCGCAAUCAUUAUCAUCGUCGUUUUCUUCAUCAGCAUCAUCUUCAUUUUCCUCCUCGUCAUCAUCUUUAUCAUUGGUACAGAAGAACUCGUCAUCGUCAUCUUCAUCAUCCUCUCCCAUGGUAUCCAGGACAGUUGGUUCAUCAUCACCUCCACGCAUCUCCAUCUCCUGCUCUGAUGACGUUGACAAAUGCAGUCGAUGCAACUACACGGACAACAACAAUAACAACAACAACAUCAAUGAAAAUGACAAACAUAAUAGUAGCGGUAGUCUUGAACAAAGAGACCAGCACGGCAAACAACAGACAACCAACCACAGCGUAAACAAUAAUAACAAAUACAAUCAUUUCAAUUAUUUCUUAACUGAUAAUAACAUCAUAAACAACAGCAACAACAACAACAACAACAACAACAAUAAUAAUAAUAAUAAUAGUAUUAUAAGCAACACCAACAACUACAACAACAGCGAUUAUGAUGAAAUAAGCAACAGCACCCAGCGUAACAUAACAACUGAAGUAGUUAUAUUGAAAACACAUGUGAACAACAGGCGAACCAUCUUCAUACCAAACUAUGAAGUCUCGUCUCGACACCAUGUCUCAACCUUCAAUCAUUCUAGUCCUCAUUGCAACAACAAAAAUGACAACAACAACAUUAACAACUACAACAUUAACAACUACAACAUUAACAACAUCAACAACAACAACAACGUUAACAACUACAUUAACAAUGACUAUAACAAAACUAUUUACGAUUACAUUUUUGACAACGAAAGUUACAACAACACUAUUCAUGAUUGCACCGACUCUUAUCAACAAGAUAAGAUUGCAAAAAUUGAACAAAAAUACUCAGACAAUAAUGAGAACCGCAGUUUUGACUGUGACCACUACAGUAGGGUAGACAAGGGGGGCAGUAGUUGCUUGGAGUGCAUAGACAAGUCUGCAGACCAAAAAAACAAAGUGACUAUGCAGUUGGAUUGUAUACUCCAAGAUUUCUAUAGAAAUAUUGGUGACUGCAAUUAUGCUGUGGCUGCCAGCUCUGCUGUAGUUACUGCUGCUACUACUUCUACUACUGCUGCUGAUAAGGAUGAUGAUGAGGCGGUGAAUAACAUAGGCUGGGGAGAUGAUGAGAACGGAAUGGAAGUGAAAAUGAGAAACUUUCAAAAUGAUAACUCACAAAGAAAAAUUAAUAGAAAAACUCUCUUGCGAAACGUUCCUUUCCAUGGCGAUGUUGACCUCGCAAACUGCGCAAGCAGAACAAAUCCAACAACAACCAACGACAAAACAACAACACAACAACACCUCACAACAUUCAACAACAACGACAAAACAACAACGCAACAACACCUCACAACAUUCAACAACAACGACAAAACAACAACACAACAACACCUCACAACACCCAACAACAACGACGAAAUAACAACUCAACAACACCACGCAACAUCCAACAACAUGGCUUCUAAAAUUAUUGCGAACUCGAGCGACGAAAUAAUUUCAAACGAAACCCCAGCUAACAUUACAACCAAUCAAGUUCCUCAUGCCAAAACCAAGAAAGGAUGCAACAGCAUCAAACACUUAUCAAUUGCUCAUUACCUCAUCAAUAAAAAGUUGGCAAUCUUGAAGCUGACACAUCACUUUGAUAAACUUGAUUCGUUCAACAACUCACAACUCAGCAAAGAUAAAGACCCCACCAAACUUUUCGGUCUCCAUCCGUCGGUUUAUUUGAGAAACAGUGGAAACUUCCUGCCCAUGAUAAUGAUGAGCUUGAUGAAUUUUCUAGAAAGAGAAUCACGUGAUGCAGUUGGAAUGUUCCGGAAGCCGGGCAUGAGAUCUAGGAUUGAUUGGUUGCAGAAACUCGUUGAUGAGCACCAAGACGAAAAUUUAGAAGCACUGCUAUUAAUGCAUCCCUUAUGGGCACCGGCCAACACAAGCCCCCCAUCCACCUCGUCAUCUUCCUCCUCUUCAACCUCGCCAUCAUUCUCGCCAGCGACCUGCGAGAUCGAUCCGUAUGACGUGGCAGAUGUCUUGAAGAGGUACGUAAGGGACAUGCCAUGCAGCCUCCUACCCCCCGCUAUCGUCAACCUCUUUGCCCUCGUUGCCAAUCACAUUCAGCUGGAGCACCGUGACGAAUGUUUGCAUCACCUCAUCCUCCUGCUUCCAGAUGUCCACAGGUCCAUACUCCACUCCCUCGUCUGCUUCCUACAUCGCAUUGCUCAAAAUUCAUCCACCAAUCAGGUGUUUGAUGAGGCAGAAGUCACCGAGAUCCUUAGUCUGAGGAAGCACCUCAACCAUUCAAAGAGUCGUCAGAGGCCUGAAGUCGCGGAUGGCUACGAGGAUCUGGCGAAGAUUGUCACGUUCAACAUCAAUAAGGUUGUUGUUUCAUUCAGUGAGUAG